CUUGUUAACCAUGUAUUGUUUGAACGUUUUAGCGUUGUUCUUAUUUUUCAGCUCAACACUGGGCUCAUACCCACAGUAUGACCUAGAUAAAGCUGACGAAUUAUUCGCUGAUUUUAUAAAAAAAUACGAAAGAAAAUACGAAAAUGUCGAAGAGUUCCACAUGCGUUUUGAAAUAUUUAAGAGAAACUUGAUAAAAAUUAACGAAUGGAACGCAAACAGUCAGUAUGAAAAGAGUGGGUUUAAAAUCACUCAAUUUGCGGAUCGUGAAAAUGUUCCAUCAUGUUUGGAUGUGUCCAAAAUGAACAAUACUACGCCAUUAACAGAGGUGAAAAGGGAAUUUAUUGUCAAUGCGCCAGACGAGCUUGAUUACUCUACGCAAGGUCUGGUCACUGAAGUGAAAGCUCAAGGAGAUUGUGGAGACUGCUUCAUUUUUGCCGCAGUAGCAAACAUUGAAAGCGUGCACGCCACACAAAACCCUGGCAAUUUAGUGUCACUGUCAGAACAGCAAAUUUUAGAUUGCUUUGAUAAAGGAAGUUGUUCUGGAGGCCUUCCACUUGAAGUCUUAAAUUAUGUAGCUAGCAGUAAAGGUUGCGAGGGCGAGGGAGAUUAUCCAUAUGAAGCAGUAAAAAAGUCCUGCCGCUUCGACGCUUCUAAAGUUAAAGUCAAAGUAAACGCUCCAAGAACUUUUAAUACAAACGAUGAUGAGUCAUUAAAAGCUGCACUUGUCCAGAAUGGCGCCCCACUUGCAGUUGGUCUAGAAGCAACCCUCUCAUUGAAAACAUGGCAUGGCCCGGACGUAUUCACUCCAGCUGAUUGCACGGGACAACCAAAUCACGCAGUACUGCUCGUAGGAUAUGGCAAAGAUGCAAAAGGCGUAAGUUACUGGAAAUUCAAAAACUCCUGGGGUACAGACCACGGUGAGAAUGGCUAUUUCAGAUUUAAUAUGAAGAACGAUUGCAACUUCGGUCGAGGCCAAGUGUGGACUGCCACGUAG